AUGAGUGACAACAAAGACGGCAAUAAAGGCGUAAAUCGCUGCAUCCGGACGUCCACUGCGGCGAGGCCAUCAGAGAGGCGGCCGACAGAUUGCAUCAAGAUCAGAGAGGAAGUCUCUGACCUCCGACGCAAGUGUGAGAAAGAGCAAACAAGACUCAGAUUAAAGUGGAUCCAGCUGAAAGACGUGGAGCUGUGUCUCUCUGAACUCAGACAGAAGAAAAGGCAAGCCCUUCAGCAGUUAGAACGACUGUCUGCAGACACGGCCCAGAUGCAGAAGGAGAAGAAGAGUUUGGAGUCCGCUCUGAGACACAGCAGGUACCAGCUCCAGCAGCUGCAGAGGCAGAGAGAGUCCUGUUUGAAAUAUGGGUUCUGCUGGGACAGGAGCCGUGGUAAAAGGUCAGCGCUGGAGCUGGAGGAGAUGGAUCGACAGCUGGACCGGGCCAAAGCAGAACUGUUCGCUGAGCGGCGCCGUUCGAGAGAGAAGAUUGAGUCGUUGCAGGAGCAGCUGGAGGAGGUUCACGAGGAGCUCCACAGGGCCACAGAGGCAGGGAGCUCACUGCUGAACAGAUGCGCGUGUCGGCACAAACAGAUGGAGACGGGGCAUCUGGCCGAGGAGGUGCUUGGCCUUGAAGUGAGCGAGCCACAGCAUGAAGUGGGAGGCUGGAGGGUGAGGAUAGAAACGCUGGGCCACACGUUGGCGCAGAGAGAGCAGCAGCUGACGGGUUUACAGGAGGAACGAGAGUCUCUGCGAGCAGAAAGGGACAACCUGAAGAGGGAGCUGCAGCUCCUUAAAAGCCAGCGCUGCAGAGAGCGGGCCGAGGCUCAGGAGGAGGCUGGCGCAGUGACGCAGCAAGAACUGAGCAUCCAAAGGCGCCAGCUGGAGGAAGAGAAAGAUCAAGCUUUGACUUCUUUACAGACACGUCUCAUUCAGGAGCACAGUGAGGAGUUGCGGCCUCUGGGAUGUGUCAACAAGACGGAUGGAGGCGCGGCAGCAUCUCUCUGCAGGCGGCUGAAGGCCAAAGACCAGGAGCUGAGGCGGCUGCAGGUGAGCAAGGGUCAGCGGAAGCAGCAGACUGCGCCUCGCCUCGCACAGCAACUCACAGCCGAACCGGAGAGGUUCGCCGUCCCGCAGGACGAGGCUGAUAAGAUGCAGAAACGCAUUAAAGAUUAAAGAAGCGAGUCCUGAUGGAAACAUGCUGCACGGUGCAAAGGCAAGCCGAUUGCUCUCACUUGCAUCACGCAGCGGUCUGUGUUGCUGCUCACGUCCCCUCAGAUGUCCCUUUGGAAAAACUUCUUUGCAGCCUGCAGAGUGGAGUGAAGCAGCUGCGGGUAGAAAACCAGGCCUUACCAGACACGCCAAGUCUCAGGAUCGUCUCUGGCAGCAGUCAGUGGGAAACAUCCUCAGAAAAAAUUAUAUUUCUGAGGAUAUCUGACCUUCAAGCAUAAUUAAGUAUAAUUACUUUUCCACAUUUUGUCACUUCACAGACAAUCUUCUUUGCGGGCGACUGUGGGUCAAUGGGUAAAAUAGAUUGCAAAAGUUGUGGGUGUGAUCCCGGAUAUACCCCUGGGCAAGGCACUUAGCCCCAGGUUGCCUACUUAUAUGCACGACUGUGAGCGUGAAUGGAUGAGUGUAGCUCCUAUGACCAGGUCUAAUGUAAAGGGGCUUGAAGUUGUCAGUUUUCUACAAAAAGUUCUAAAUAAAUUUGUCUUUUAUUGGGAUGUUAUAACAUAACCAAGACAAAUCAGAACAAAUUUGUGAAAGGGAAAGAC